AAGUUGGCAUUGAAGUCACACUGCCCUAAGUAUUAGAAAAUUGUCCUGAUAAUAUUCUAAGAAUUAAGAAAUACAUGUUGCAUAACUGGUCCAAGAAAUGUGGUUUUUUAUAUGCAAGUUGUUGUCAGAUCUAUUUCUCCGAACACCCUUUGAUGUAAACAGAAAAAUGCUUAAAUGUAGACUGAGAAAAACUUGCUAACCUGGAGAUUAUUGGCAGUUGUUCCAGAAAUGAAAUUGUUCCUGAUAUAUGUUGUAGGAUUAUUCUGUGCAGGAGUUGGAUAUGGAGCUGAAGUUGGAGACUUUGAUCAUGUUCAAAGAAAUCUUCAAUCCGAUUCUACAGAUCAGCCUUACAGAACUGGAUACCACUUCCAACCUCCGAGAAACUGGAUGAACGAUCCAAAUGGACCAAUCUAUCACAAUGGAGUCUACCAUCUGUUCUACCAGUAUAAUCCAUACGGUGCUGUGUGGGGUAACAUAGUGUGGGCUCAUUCAGUAUCUUACGAUCUGAUCAACUGGGUGAACCUGGAGGAUGCAAUUUAUCCGACAGGGCCUUUUGAUGUUAAUGGAUGCUGGUCUGGUUCGGCAACCCUUCUUCCUGGGGGCAAACCUGCCAUAUUUUACACAGGGAGCGACGUGAAGAACCGUCAGGUCCAAAACUUGGCAAUGCCCAAAAACACAUCCGAUCCAUUGCUCCGCGAGUGGGUCAAAUCAACUCAUAACCCGUUAAUCACUCCACCAUAUGGAACUGAUCCUAAUUUCUUCAGAGACCCAACAACCGCCUGGCAAGGCGAAGACAAGGCAUGGCGCCUUCUAGUUGGAAGCCAGAUUAAAGGUCGAGGGACCGCGAUUCUUUACAAAAGCAAAGACUUUGUCAGCUGGAGUAUGAUAGGGAGCCUGUUUAAUUCGUUGGCCGAGACCGACAUGUGGGAAUGCCCGGAUUUUUAUCCUGUUGGUAUUAAUAGCAUGAAUGCGGUGGAAACCUCAGAGCAAGGGGAGUGGACCAAGCAUGUGCUCAAGGCAAGUUUCAACUCUCACGACUAUUACAUACUCGGGAACUACGAUAUGAAAACAGACAGAUUCUCUGUUGAGAAUGACUUCACCGUUUCAAGUUCGGGCUUGCGGUAUGACUAUGGGAAAUUCUAUGCUUCGAAGACGUUCUAUGACAGCGCAAAAGAGAGGCGUAUUCUGUGGGGCUGGAUAAAUGAGUCCGAUAGCAAGUCAUCUGACAUUAAGAAGGGAUGGUCAGGACUUCAGUCGAUUCCUCGGAACGUCCUUCUUAGUAAAUCGGGAAAGCAAUUAGUGCAAUGGCCUAUUAAAGAAACAGAGAAACUCCGUGCUAAGGAGGUGACUGCUUUGAGUAAGGAUCUCAAGGGUGGAUCGGCAGUCGAAGUUUUAGGCAUUACAGCUGCGCAGGCUGAUAUCGAAGUUUCAUUCGAGACCACCGAUUUAGCCAAGGCUGAGACCAUAGAUCACAAUUCGGUCGAUCCGCAACUGCUCUGUUCUAGCAAAACAGCAUCUGUUAGAGGCAAACUCGGCCCGUUUGGUUUGUUGGCUCUAGCUUCUGAGGACCUGAAAGAACAAACAGCAAUCUAUUUUCAUGUUCUGAAGAAGAAUGGAAAAUUCGUUGUGCUGAUGUGCAGCGACCAGAGCAGGUCGUCAUUAAUGGGAGGCCUUGACAAGACCACUUACGGAGGAUUUGUUGACAUAGACCCCCGUCAUGAGAAAAUAUCUCUCAGAAGCUUGAUUGAUCACUCGAUUGUCGAGAGCUUCAGUGGCAAAGGGAAGACUUGCAUCACUGCGAGGGUUUAUCCGAGCUUGGCCAUCGGCAAUAAAGCUCACCUAUAUGUGUUCAACAAUGGAACAGUCGGUGUCAAGAUCUCAAGACUCAGUGCCUGGAGCAUGAAAAAUGCUCGGAUUGCUCCAAUCAGCAAAAGAAGAAAGCGAAAAACCAGUUAACUAAAAAAUCGAUGCCACUCUCUCGCCUCCACUGCUGUUUCACAACCCAAAUUGUAAUUGAAAUAAGGACAAGAACCAAGUACAUGUUUUGCUUGCUUCUCAUCUAACCGUUCUUGAGGUCACACUUCACUGCUCAUUGCAGACACCACGUAUGCAUCCUGUUCCAUCAAACGUUAACAGCACAUCGUUUCCUUUUUAUUUGGAA